AUGGAAGAGCAGGACCCAGGAGGACUUGGAACUAGCAAGACAACAACCAAAAGCCCCCUUCUCCUCCAGGCUGGGAGUGGUGUUGCAUUCUGGAAAAGAGCUGUGCCAGAGACGCUGGCUGAGGACACCAUGGACUCAGAUGUACCCUGCCAACGCUUCCGGCAGUUUUGCUGCUAUGAAGCCGAUGGACCCCGAGAAAUGUGGGGGCCAUCCCUGAAGGUAGAAGCGACAUUCCCUGAGGCAGAAGGAACUUCCUUGGAGCCAGAGGAGAGAGGGCAGGCCCAGGAGCGUGCCCAAGAUCCCCUCUCCUUUGGUAAGGACUCUUUGUGCUUGGAUAUGAUUGGGGCACCCAAUGAAUUUGUUAAUAUCAAUGAAAAUUAUAACAUCGGGAAAAUGCCAUCCUUUGUCUCAUUAACAGGCAGUCCAGAGAUGCUGUUGGGCCGUCGUCUUUUCAGAGGGAUGGAAACGGCUGCUGCGUCUCCAGUCCAGUGCCCCCUUUCCUUUGAGGAGGUGGCUGUGAAUUUCACUGUAGCAGAGUGGGCCCUGCUGGAUCCAGACCAAAGAGUUCUCUACUGGAAAGUCAUGCUGGAGAACUAUUGGAGCGUGGCGUCUCUAGGAGAGAAACCUUUUGAAUGCUCAGAGUGUGGAAAGAGAUUCAGUCAGAAUUUCAAUUUUCAAGUGCAUAAAAGAACCCACACAAGGGAGAAACCUUUUGAAUGCUUUGAAUGUGGGAAAAGAUUCAGUCAUAGUCACGGUUUUCAAUAUCAUAAACGAACCCACUCAGGGGAGAAACCUUUUGAAUGCUCAGAGUGUGGAAAGAGAUUUAGUCGGAGUUGCCAUCUUCAAGACCAUAAAAGAACCCAUACGGGGGAGAAACCAUUUCAAUGCUCAGAGUGUGAGAAGAGAUUCAGUGACAGGAGCGGUCUUAAACAGCACCAAAGAACCCACACAGGAGAGAAACCUUUUCAAUGUUUAGAGUGUGGAAAGAGAUUCAGUCAGAAAAGUCAUCUUAACGAACAUAAAAAAACCCACACAAAAGAGAAACUAUUUGAAUGCUCAGAGUGUGGAAAGAGAUUCAUUAUGAAUUGCUAUCUUCAGCUGCAUUACAGGAUCCACACAGGGGAGAAACCAUUUGAAUGCUCAGAGUGUGAGAAGAGAUUCAGUACACAUAGCAAUCUGCAAGUGCAUAAAAGAACCCACACAGGGGAGAAACCUUUUGAAUGCUCAGAGUGCGGAAAGAAAUUCUCUUACAGCGGCAGUCUUCAAAUGCAUAAAAGAACCCACACAGGGGAGAAACCAUUUGAAUGUUCAGACUGUGAGAAGAGAUUCAGUACACAUAGCAAUCUGCAGGUGCAUAAAAGAACCCACACAGGGGACAAACCUUUUGAAUGCUCAGAGUGUGGAAAGAAAUUCCCUUAUAGUAGCAGUUUUCAGCUGCAUAAAAGAACCCACACAGGGCAGAAACCAUUUGAAUGUUCAGAGUGUGGAAAGAAAUUCAGUCAGAGUAGUCGUCUUCAAGACCAUAAAAGAACCCACACAGGGGAGAAACCUUUUGAAUGCUUAGAGUGUGGGAAAAGAUUCAGUUACAGUCCUGGCCUUCAAUAUCAUAAAAGAACUCACACAGGGGAGAAACCUUUUGAAUGCUCAGAGUGUGGGAAGAGAUUCACUCAUAGCGGCAGUCUUCAAGAGCAUAACAAAACCCACACAGGGGAGAAACCAUUUGAAUGCUCAGAGUGUGGAAAGAGAUUCAGUACACAUAGCUAUCUUCAAGUCCAUCAAAGAAACCACACUGGGGAGAAACCAUUUGAAUGCUCAGAGUGUGGAAAAAGGUUCACUGCGCAUACCUAUCUUCAAUAUCAUCAAAGAAUCCACACAAAGGAUAAGCCUUUUGAAUGCUCAGCGUGUGGAAAGGGAUUCAGUUUGAGUGGCAAUCUUCAGCGGCAUAAAAGAACCCACACAGGGGAGAAACCUUUUGAAUGUUCAGACUGUGGAAAGAGGUUCAGUCAGAGUGGCACUCUUCAACAGCAUAAAAGGACCCACACAGGGGAGAAACCUUUUCAAUGUUCAGAGUGUGGAAAGGGAUUCAGUCAGAGUGGCACUCUUCAACAGCAUAAAAGGACCCACACAGGGGAGAAACCUUUUCAGUGUUCAGAGUGUGGGAAGGGAUUCAGUCAGAGUGGCACUCUUCAACAGCAUCAAAAAAGCCACACCGGGGAGAAACCAUUUCAAUGCUCAGAUUGUGGGAAGAGAUUCAGUAUGAGUCGCAACCUUCAAUAUCAUCAAAGAAUCCACACACGCGACAAGCCU